UUCCGUAUUGUGCAGUGUUCUCCCUCCGAGCUAAGGUCAAGUUUUUGACGACUUGCACGGUUUUUCGUCAGUAAAAUGGCUCUCAACAAAGCUGAAUUAGCCUGUGUGUACUCAGCGCUCAUCCUCGUCGACGACGAUGUCGCUGUUACCGAUGAGAAAAUCUCGACCAUCCUGAAGGCCGCCAACGUCGACAUCGAGCCAUACUGGCCCGGUCUCGGAUCCGGAGUUGGUGCCGGUGGUGCUGCCGCCCCGGCUGCUGCUGCCGCUGGAGCUGCCCCGGCAGCCGCCGAAAAGAAGGAAGAGAAGAAGGAGGAAGAACCCAAGGAAUCCGAUGACGACAUGGGAUUCGGUCUGUUCGGUUCAACUAGCUACACCACGAUGUAG